UAUUGACACGGUUUAUUUGAAAAUAUUUGACAUUAUUGUAAAAAAACGAAGAGGGUUUAUAGACCAUCGUUAGCUGACGAGAAUGAAAGCUAUAACCAUGCAUCAGUGUGUUGUCUGUGAUGAGAUUUUUCCACAAUACUGUGACCUAGAAAACCAUAAUAAAAUACAUGUUAAAGAAGAAAAAAAUGAAAAACGUCUUGAGUGUAAGGUCUGUGAUAUCAGUGAUUUAUCGGUCGACAAGUCAACACAAACAAACGAAUGUGAUAUAUGUUUACAAGUUUACAGUUCUCCGACCGAACUUCUCUUUCAUAUGAAAGUUCAUACCGCCGAAAAACCGUACAAAUGUGAGAUUUGUAAUGAAUGUUUCAGAAUGAGAAUCAGUCUGGACUUUCACGUCAAGAAACAUAUCGACUUGAAAACUAUUAAAAGAGAUGUUUUUAUUCAAUCAUCUAAUACUGAUUCUUGUCCGUCAAAAGAUACACAGUGUUCAUUAGCCCAGUCGAUGCAGAAAAGUAGGACGUUAAACCCCAUUUCGUUUCAUUUGUCAAAAGAUAGCACAGUUCAGACUGGAGAAGCACCGACUAAAGGUGAUGUUUGUGGUAAAUCAUUUAACAAUUUGUGUGGGUUAAAUAGCAUGACAGAUAAGCCUGGAGGAAAGUUGAUCAAUUUUAAAUCUGUUGGUAAAGGUAAGCAUUGUAGGACUAAAGCUAGACAGAAACCAUUUAAAUGUUUUACUUGUGGGGCGUCGUUCAACAAAAGUGAUAAACUGGAGAUUCACAUGAAAAGUCAUGUCGAUGUCGAUGAAAAACCACAUGUGUGUCAUAUUUGCUGUAAAUUUUUCAGUAAUGAUUCUUUUCUUCAAAAACACAAAAAAAUACAUACUGAAGAUGACCAGUAUAUGGAAGACAGACGAUACCAAUGUGAUGUUUGUGGUAAAUCAUAUAGUGGAAGCAGUGCAUUAAGAAUUCAUGCACGAAAUCAUACUGGUGAAAAACCUUUUAAGUGUAAUGAAUGUAGUAAAACUUUCAAAUCGAAAGAUCUUUUGCAACGGCAUGUGAGAAUUCAUACUGGCGAGAGACCCUAUAAAUGUGAUGUAUGUGAUAAAUCAUUUAGUCAACCUAGUACAUUGACCAUUCAUACACGAAAUCAUACCGGCGAGAAACCCUUUCAUUGCAAUGAAUGUAGUAAAACUUUCAAAUCAAAGGAUACUUUGCAACGGCAUAUGAGAAUUCAUACUGGUGAGAAGCCAUUUAAAUGUGAUGUUUGUAAUAGAUCAUUCAGUCAGCCUCAUAGUCUUCAGAUUCAUCGAAGAACUCAUACAGGAGUCAGACCCUAUGUUUGUGAUGUUUGUAGUAAAUCAUUUACUUCUCUUAGUCAGCUUCAAAAUCAUUUAAGAAUACAUACUGGUGAAAAGCCUUUCCAAUGUCCAGUGUGCCGGAGAGAUUUCAGUCGACAAGAUAAAAUGAAAAUACAUUUUAGAAGCCACACCGGUGAAAAACCAUAUAAAUGUACUGUAUGUAAUAAGUCGUUUGCUAGAAGCGAUCAUCGAGAGAAUCACAUGAAGACUCAUCCCAGUCAGGACGUCUAGAAAAACAGUUAGGGGCUAGAGAGAGAGAGAGACAGAGAAAUGGGGUUUAAUGUGCAAUCGACACAAACUAGGUCAUUUUGGGACUAACAUAUGGUUCGAUUUUAUUUCAAUAAUUUGCUUGUGGGUAGGGGUCUUUAGCAGUGGGAGGAAACCAAAGGACCCAGAGAAAACCCACAAGGUUGGACAGGCAACUCUGAAAAAUGUUACUGACAAUCAUGAAUGACACUAGAUAAUCAUACAUUUCUGUAAACAACAUGAUGAGAUAAAUGAUACUGGAUAAUCAUACAUUCCUAUAAACAACAUGAGAUAAAUGAUACUGGAUAAUCAUACAUUCCUAUAAACCACAUGUUGAGAUAAAUGAUACUGGAUAACCAUUCAUUCUAUAAACAACAUGAGAUAAAUGGUACUGGAUAAUCAUACAUUGCUAUAAACAACAUGAUGAGAUAAAUGAUACUGAUUAAUCAUAAAUUCCUAUAAACAACAUGAUGAGAUAAAUAUAGAGUCUUGAAAUUUGAUUUGAGAAUUCAUAUAGCAUAGAAGUGACUUGAUCCUUUGACAGAAUUAAAACGCAAAAAUAAAACAGAAUAUUAUUUUUGAAUAACCUUAUCUAAAUAUGGGCUCCUGUUAUGUGAUAAUUGCAUAAACUGCUCCAUAAUGUUGUGGGGUGGUUGAGUGGCCGAAUGGUUUAAUGCUAGCAUGUUAGAUCAUCAGGUCUGUCAUUUGGUCAAGUAGCAUAGUUUCAAUUCCCUGCUUGUAGUUGUAUGUGACAGGGAGUAGGGUCGUCUGUCCAAAUUCAUGGGUUUUCUCAAGGUCUUCCAGUUUCCUCCCACUGCAAAAGACCCCUACAGUGGGCCUACACGCAAGCAAAUCAUUGAAAUAAAAUAGAACCGUAUUGUUAGUCCCAAAAUGACCUAGUUAGUGUCGGAUGAAUGUUAUACCUCAUUUCUCUCUCUCUCUCUUUGAUGCUUGUUCAGAAGCCAAUGUAAAUAAAAAGUAUAAAUCUUAAUUUGUAUUUUUAUUGUGGAAAUGUAUAAAAUGUGGAUAUUAAAAAGCCGACAGUACCUUGGAAGGUGCAACCAAAUGCCAAGAUUGAUAUCUGGACACAGAAAACAUACCAUUGCAUAAAUUAAAAUAAAAUGGGGUUGGGUGGCCGAAUGGUUAACGUGUGCGCUUUUGAUCAUAAGGUCUGUCAUUGAGUCAAAUGGCAUAGUUUC